CAGCCCGGGGACAGGGACACGGAGGAGCCGGGAGCAUGGCAGGAGCUGCGGCCCCCGCGGUGCAGGGCACUGCACCCACCCGGCACGGUGAGUGGGUGCAUGGCAGGGGCACCGUGGGGCAGAGGGGCUGUGCUGGGCAUUGGGCCGGGGGUCAGGGUCAGCUCUGGGGCACUGCUGGGGGCACCGGCCACCCCUGCAGCCAUGGCUGGGGGCACUGGGCAUCCCAGGCCAGCGGGCAGCAGCUCUCAAGGCCUCCAUGAGGUGCAUUAUGUGGGCUGUGUCCCUCUGGCGAGGCUGCCCGUGGGCUCUGUGUGCCCCCGUGGUGCUGAGAUGAGGCCCUGGCCCUCCUGGAGGUACCCCUGGGUGUGCCAGGCUGGAUCCAGGAGGGCAGCUGGACCCCUGUCAUCCACGGCACUGCAGGGGCUCACCCUGGCUGGGGGACAGUCCUGCUGAUGGUGGCUCCUUCCCCACAGCUGGGUUUUCAGAGGGGAUUGCACAGUUCUGCUCUCACUCUGUCCCAGCUUUUCCCUCACUUCCCUGGGGGCAGCCCGGACACCCUGAUCCCCCCUGGAAUGAACACAGGGUUCCCAGAGCCCCUCCCAAAGUGGGAGCAGCCGCUGCCCCCCGCUGCAAUGGGCAGAGCCCUGUUUGCCCCGGUGCAGGCCCUGCCCCAGGAGCUGCUCACCGUGUCCCUGUCCCCACUCCCCGUCGCCCCCAGGCAGGGCACAGCUGAAGCUCUUGGUGGCCUUGGCCCAGCCGGGUCUCUGUGUGUCCCCACAUGUCCCGUGUCCCUGUGGGGAGCCCCAGCUGGUGUCCCUGGCUCGUGUGGGGGCUGGCAGGGCUGGUGUGGGACCCUGCAUUCCCCCGCUCCCACGAUGGGGCUUCCCCUUUCAGUCAGGCGUUGGGCAAGGCUGGGCUUUCGGUGGCCGCGGCACUGCGGUGUCCCCGUGUGUGCUGAUGUCACCCGGGGCUCCCUGUCCCCGAUAUAAGUCCUGGCUGUGCUGGGGCACAGGGAGAGGGUCUCUACACCUGCUGCGUGUCCCCCAGACAUGUCCUCUGCUCCAGCCCCCAGGUCCCAGCGCCAGCCCCGAGGUCCUGUAUGGCUCUGCCUCUUGCUCCUGCUGCCCACCUCUGUCUCUGGCACCACCACCAAUCCUGGCAUCAAGGUCUGGCUGACCCAGGGGACACUGGAGUUUGGCCGGCGCUUUGGGCUGGAGCUGCUCCAGUCGAUGCUGCAGAGGGAGCACGAGCUGAACCUGACGGGUUCCUACAACAUCCCGCUCCUGGGAACUCUCACCUACGCUGUGCCACGGAUCCACAUCCACGAGCUGCAGAUGAACGAAUCCGCGCUGGGCUUUGCCGAGGACGUGGGGGUGAGGCUGACGGUGCAGCGCGCCCGAGUCCAGCUCAGCGCCGACUGGGCCGCCCAGCUGGGAGCCGUCCAGGACAAUGGCUCCGUGGAGCUCCGCAUGCAGGACGUGGCCGUGGCAGCGGUGCUGGGGGUGAGCGAGGACGGCAGCGGCCGCCCCACGGUUUGGAGUGCUGGCUGUGACACCCACGGCACCCACCUGCACAUGGAGUUUCACCGUGGAUACAGCUGGCUCUACAACCUGCUGGCCCCUCUGCUCCAGAGAACCCUGCGGCAGCAGCUGAACAAGCAGCUCUGCCUCGUGCUCCACAGGGGCGUUGACAGGCUGGACACUGCCCUCAAGAACAUGAGAGUGUCCACCCAGCUGGACACCAUUGCUGCCAUCGACCACUCCCUGCUGGCACCGCCAGCCUUCACAGAGGAGUAUGGGGACGUUGCCCUCAAGGGAGAGAUCUUCAGGGUGGGCACGUACCAGCAGAGACCCUCAGCGCUGCCUGUGGCACUGCCCAUGGCACUGCCCGUGGCACUGCCGGUGGCUUUGCCCACGCCCCUGCCCACGACACCGCCCAUGGCACACGAGCCCGUGCUGCUGGUGGCUGUCACCGAGUUCGUCGCCAGCUCGGCCGCCUUCACCUACUUCACAGCCGGGGCCCUGCGCAGGAACAUCUCCAGCGGCAUGCUCCCCCGGCGGUUCCCGCUGCAGCUGAGGACCAAGAGCAUGGAGGCGUUCGCCCCUCAGCUGCAGGAGCGCUAUCCAGACCAGCCCAUGGAGCUGCACCUCUGGGCCCGCCAGCAGCCCCUGCUCUCCUGCCAUCCUGAUGCCCUGCACGGGACCCUCUUUGGCUCUGCCGAGGCCUUCGUGGUGCUGCCCAACGCCACCCGUGUCCCUGCCUUCCUGCUGAACAUCGAUGCCAACGUGACGGGGAAGCCGACAAUCAGCGGGAACAGACUCGGGGGCACAGUGAGACUGACAGGGCUCCAUAUAACACAAGUGGCAUCAAACGUGGGCCCAGUGGAGGUGAAGCGUCUGGAGACCCUGCUGAAGUUCGGGCUGUGGCUUUUUGGGGUUCCCCGGGCAAACAAGUGGCUCCAGGCUGGCAUCCCCCUGCCCCUCCCGCACGGCCUCAGCCUGCUCAGACCCCGGCUCUCCCUGCAGCAGGGCUUCAUGCUCAUCGCCACGGACCUGCAGUACGAGCCGUGAGAGCACCUGCCUCGUGGGAGCCCUCCAGCCCUGUCCCUGCCACCAUCCCGGGAACCCUCCAGCCCUGUCCCUGUCACCAUCCCGUGGCCAUCGUGUCCCCGCGGCUGCCGAAGCGCCCAACCGCGGGAGCACCGAGCCCAUCCUCGGCGGGGAUUAAAGGGGAGCGCAGCCCAGCCCGGCGUGCUCUGGGGUGUCUCGGGGAGCCCCCUCACCCUGUGUCCCGGGCAGGGUCCCAUUCCCGACUCCACGACGGGGCAUGGCUGUGUCCUCUGCUGCCAGGGGCUCCGGCUGUGCCCUGGUGGGGUCCGGCCCCUCUGGGGCCUCCGGGCAGGUGGGGACGGGGCUGGUGGCCCUCGGGGACUGGGGUUCCCUGCAGUGCUCGCGGCUCUCUUGGUCACGGUGGUCCCCGUGCAGCUCCUCCCGCUGCCCACGGGAUGGUGCUCGUGUCCGUGUCCCGGCUCCCACCGCGUCCCCCGGGCCACGGAGCCCGCCCGGGCCCCGCCGCUGCCCCCGCCCCGGGGGUCCCCCGAGAGGACAGGGGAGGGGGCUGGGGAAGGCUGUCCUGCCGUGACAGGGAUGUGGGGUGGCUCGGCGUGCCCCAUGCUUGUGACAUGCCAGAAAAGGUGGAGUGUUUGUGUGCUCCAAACCGCCCUGAAGGAGCCCCCACAAAGGGAAGGUGCUCCUUUGGAGGGCAGCCCCGGGAAUGCGGGGGGCUGUGGGUCCCAGCGAGGUUGUGAGACCCCUGCCCUCCUCCUCCCAACGUGACAACGGGUGCUGAGCCCAUGUCCCCAAAACCAGCACCCCCAGCCCAGCUCAGAGCCUGCCCUGGGCUCCCUGUCCCCAUCACCCCUUAGUGCCCCCCCCCCCCCCCCAUCCCUCUGGACCACAGCAAACUGCCCUUGGAUCACCCCAACCCUUCCCUGGGCAGGGAGAGGACCUCAUCCCCAUCCAUCCAUCCAUCCAUCCAUCCAUCCAUCCAUCCAUCCAUCCAUCCAUCCAUCCAUCCAUCCAUCCAUCCACAUCCAUCCCUCCCUCCCACUGAACCCAACUCCUCUGGGCCCAAAGUCUCCCAAAUUCCCAACGAUUGCAAAGACCACAGCACCAGCAGCAGCUCGAAUGACAAAUUUAUUUGUGGAUUCACCUCCACCUGCAAACCGAAGCGUUCAAUGGGCUAAUGCUAAUCCUCGUGCUCCCCGUGCGGGCUCUGAGGCUCCGGCAUGAGGAGCACGAGUCCGUGCUCAGUGGCCAAGUGAGCUCCCCUGGAACCUCCACUUCUCCCCUCACCUCCAUCCCAGCUUGGCCUCUGCAGGGAGCACGGUCCCACACAUAAAUACGGACAGACAAGAUAACAAAAAUAGCAUUAAUAGUAUUCACAAAUGAAUUAAAAACUACUCGUAUAUGUACAGCAGAGCGCGGGCAGUAUGUACACGGACAAGCUGAGCCAGCUGUGUCUGCCCGCCGGGGGCUCCGAAGGACGAGGGCGUUUAUUCUGGAAGCUAAUUUCAGCUCAAAGGCCGGAGGUUCCCUGCUCCAGCAGCACAAGGAGCAGCGUGGGAAUGAGGGGGAGGGAAGGCAGACACCUCAGUCACUGCAUGCAGCCAUCACAGCCACGCACGGGCACAGGGAUCUGCCUGCACUACG